AGCUCGUGUCAAGUCAAUUGACUACUCGCGGUUUAGAAUUUGUUUUUCUUCAUUGAAUACUAUUUGUAUUAAUUAGUAUUUAAUAAUAUCAAAGUUAUGCAUACAGAUUUGUCACCCCAUUUACAUACUGACGAGUGUAAUGUUUUGAUAAAAAAGUUAAUGGACUGCCACUCCGAGGUAGAUAAAGAGUUUAUUGUAAUUUCUCGUUUUUUAGUAACCGAGAAGUGUGUUCCUUGUUUUACCUGUUAUAUUUUUCAUCCAUUCCUCAAGUUUACGGGCUACUGCAACGACUAUGACAGUGAUAUGCGAAAGUGUUUGAAGCAAGAGCGUCUUCGGCGUCAGAAAGCUAAUCUAGACGAGUCACGAAAACGGCAUGCGGAAAUCCAAGCUAGAAUACUAAACUCCCAGAGAGCAAAAGCAAGUCAAGCACAGUAA